GCUCUUCUCUUUCAAUUCGAUUUUUUUCAUUAUUGUUUAUUCUCAUCCACUUUCCAUUCUUCCUUUGACUCUGCCAAAACAAACAACAAAAGCGAAUCGGAUCCAAUCCAGGUUAGAAAUGGCAGCGACGGCUUAUGCAUCUCUAGUGUCGUCGUUGAAUACUAUAGAUCAGAUCAAGAUUCAUCCUCACCUUUCCACUUGUUUCGACAACUACCAGUUUCAAUCUCUUCUAGAACUUGUUGAUUUCCUUGUCGAUUUUGUGGAGAAUUAUUCAGAAGCAGAAGAUCUGAUGAGUCGGAUCAGGGACGCAGCUCAUGAGGCUGAAGACAUAAUUGAAGUCGAAGCUGCUGAUCAAAUUCGUAACUUAUCUACUCGGAAAAGUCUACCGAUGUUGCUCCGUCGUCUUGAGAAAAUAAUGCAAGAGAUGAGCUCCAUCAAGGAAAAAGCUGUCAAGUUUAAAGAGGAAACCGGAUCACUCAGUUCCAUGCCUCCACUACCACCAUCAUCUUCACCGUCGUCGUCAGCUUCUGGUGUACCUAAGAAGACUACCAUGCUUGGAUUCGACCACUAUGUGGCGCAGCUUUUGGAUGAGCUCAUCGGAUAUAAUGGCCGUAGAACCCUCCCGAUUGUUGGAAUGGGCGGUGUUGGUAAGACCACUCUUGCCAGACAUGUCUAUGAAAAUUCACUUGUGGUAUAUCAUUUUGAUGUUCGUGUUUGGGUUACUGUGUCUCAAGAUUAUAAUGCAACUGAUAUGCUUUCACAAGCACUUUCUUGCCUGGGAUUGACGGGGUCCGAAAAUAGAACUGAUCAUGAACUAGGUGAAAAGUUGUAUAAAUCUUUGUCGGGUCAAAGAUAUUUAAUUGUACUGGAUGAUGCGUGGAGUAUUGGUGCUUGGGAUAAUAUUAAGUCUUUCUUCCCAGAAAAUGGUAAUGGAAGCCGAAUUAUUGUGACAACCCGGCAACAAGAAUUGGUUGAUUACUUUGGCUCAUCUUCACUUGCUAUUGAUUUUCUCGAUUACAAAAAUGGUUGGGACCUUUUAUAUGAAGUGACAUUCGCGGAGCAAAAGUGCCCUCCUCAAUUGGAAAGAAUCGCGGAGGAGAUCAUCAGAAAAUGCAGAGGACUUCCACUUGCAAUCCGUGUGAUUGGGGGGCUUCUUGGAAAGGCACCAAGGACGCUAGAGUAUUGGGAGGAAAUCGCGAAGGACAAGAGCUUGGUUAUGGAAUAUUCAGAUUAUCGAAUAAACGUGGCACAUCUUAUCAAGUUGUGGGUUGCUGAGGGACUCAUAAAACCAACUAAAACCCGAAGUUUGGAACAAGUUGCAAGGAGUUACAUAAUCGACCUUAUUCAUAGGAAUCUCCUUAUAGUAGAAGAAUUCGAAUACGGAAAUAUUACCAGUUGUUGCCUUCAUGAUCUAGUAAGAGAGUUGUGCAUACAUACAGCAGAGAACGAAAACUUUUAUCGUAUCCAAAGAGACAUAGGUGAGGAACGCCAAUUCAUAUUUGAUAAAAGAUCCGCAAGUUUUUAUCCUCGAGAAUCUCUCACUUCAAAAAAGCCAUCCGUCAUCACGCCUCUAAUAUUGAGCAGGCAAAGAGACACACCAUUGAGGUCUAGGUUGCUGAGAGUGCUUGUUGAUGAUCAUGAGAGUACCCUACAGGAUUCUUUUCAACAAGUUAACCUGCGCUACAUAUCCCAUCAUUCUCACCUAUCCACACCGGCAAUUCCUUUUUCAAUUUCACUAUGUUGGAGUUUGCAAACAUUGAUUGUGAAGCGUUCGUCUCCAUUCGACCUCAUCACUACUGCUUUACCAUCAGAGAUUUGGAAGAUGUCGCAGCUUAGGCAUAUCGAGAUUUCAGAAAUGAAGCUUCCUGAUCCUCCUCAAGGCGGCGUCUUUGUUUUACACAACUUACAGACGCUCAAGACAGUAGAGAUGCUCGUUUUCAGCGAGGAUGUUUGUGCCAGAAUACCCAACGUUAGAGAAUUGGAUAUCGAAUACAGAUUGGAAGAGGAAACUGAACUAGGCUGGUGCUUCCAUCUGCAUAACGUUGGCCGCUUAAGCAAGCUGGAAUCGCUAAGCAUCCGUUGCAGGGGAGGGCCACAUGUAGAGUUUGAGAACCUCAAGCUGCCGGAUUCUCUCAGCGAGCUGAAUUUAGACAAUUGUUACAUGGCAUGGAGUGGUAUGGCAAUGAUGGCUUCGUUGCCUCAUCUCCAACUUCUUCGUUUCCAUUGGAACGCAGUGGUGGGACCGGAAUGGGAGUUUGUUGAUGAGAAAUUUUGUAGCUUGAAACAUUUGAUCAUUUCUAAUUGUCAUAAUCUGAUUCGUUGGACCGUGGACAAGUUCAAUUUUCCGGUGCUGGAGACGCUUUUUCUUUCGUGUUUGCGGAAGCUGGAUGAAAUUCCUUUGGACAUUGGAGAGGUACCAACACUUGAAAAAAUAAGUGUUGUUAAUUGUUCUGAGUCAGUGAAAAUGUCAGCGAUGAAGAUAUUGGAGGAACAAGAGAAUCUUGGAAAUCAAUCCCUUCAAGUUAUAAUUGAUGGAGCGGUUUCAUAGAUAUAGUAUGAAGAGUGGUAACUGGUAACUAGUGGCAAUUCUGUCAAAAUUUUGAUAGUCUUAUAUUGUACUCAUGUACUACAAAUUGUAGAAAAUAAAUUGUAAACUUAGUAGGUUCAAUUAUUUGAAAUUGUUAGGUACAUUUAUUUCAACU